AGAAGGAUAUAACGGCCAUUAUGUCUUUGAUUUUGUGAGCACAUGUAAUCAAAGACUUUGUUGUCUUCUCAGUAUUUGGUUUUUACAUGCGUUUCCGGUAAGCUGAGGGAAUUUUUGUCCUUUUUGAGGCCACGGAGAAGCAGAUCUCACUCAAAAACAGAGAAAAUGGGAAAGAACAAGGGCCCAGACCCUCCCAACUUCCAGAAAUACGGCGUGCCGUUCUACUCGGCCGCUUGGGUGCCGUACAAGAGCAUCAAAUUCGACCAGAAGGAAGAUCGGGAACAAUCCACCGAUGAAGUUUCCGGAGGCCACAAAUCUUCGACGGCUCCGGAAUCCUCUGCCGCCCAGGACUACGUCGUUUUCGCCGGCGGCGGCGGCGAGGGGGGGAGUGGGAUCCCAAACGCCGUCGUUCUCUCCCGAUUCGAUUCCGCUUCCUACGCCCUCUCCGAUCAGCCUGUGGCUAAGCUUGGAACUGGCUCUCAUUUGCCUUAUAGAAUGGCGGUUCACCCGGGUGGUGAUGGCCUCGUUUGUUCAUUUCCUAAAAGUUGCAGAUGGUUUGAAUGGGAUGGAGAAAAGAGCGAGGAAGCUCAUGAAUUGGGUCUAAAGUCGUCUGAUAAAGUGCUCACCAAGUUGAAAGAUGUUGGACAGCAAUUAGCUUUGGCAUUUAAUAAUGAGGGUUCUGCACUUGCUGCUGGUGGUGAUGAUGGAAAUUUGAGGGUCUUCAUGUGGCCUAGCAUGGAAAUUAUUCUCAAUGAGGCCAGUGCUCAUACUACUGUUAAGGACUUAGAUUUCAGCCUUGAUGGGAAAUAUCUUGUCUCCUUGGGAAAUCGGGGCCCUGCUAGGGUUUGGGAUAUGACUUCCUCAACAGUUGUAGCUUCUCUUUCAAAGGAAAAUGAUGAGAUUUUUAGCUCCUGUAGAUUUUCUGAGAGCAAUGAUAAGAAUCAGGUUCUAUAUAUUGCUGCAGUGACAGAUAAAGGUGGAAGCAUUGUAACAUGGAAUACAAACACAUGGAAGAGGAUCAGAACGAAGCCUGUAGUUCGCGACACAAUUUCUGCCUUCAACGUUUCACCAGAUGGAAAGCUCCUUGCCUGUGGGACGACUCAAGGAGACAUUCUGAUUUUAAAUUCAACCAGUAUGCGGGUUCAGACAAUUGUUAGGAAAGCACACCUUGGCUUUGUAACUGCACUUGCAUUUUCAUAUGACUCAAGGGGUUUGGCUUCUGUAUCCCUGGACUCAAGUGCAAGGGUGACACUUAUUGAGGACAAGAAGAACACGGGAGGAUUGAGCUUAUGGGUGAUUGUGUUCAUCAUUUUACUUGCCAUUGCUGUAUAUUUUAUGAAGAAUGAAGGAAUCCUUAACUAGAGGUUGCAGUUUAUACUCUGAAUGUGAAAAUUGUACCAGUAGAACUGUCAAAAGCUUUUUAAAUUUGCAUAAGACAGCCUUGGAGCUUGUCAUAGUCUACUGUCCAGUGUCCACAUUAUUUUUAAUUUGAAUCUUGUUUUGAUAUUCUGUUCAAGCAAAAUUUGUUGUCUAAUUUUAAGCA